UUUGUUUCCUCUUUCAGAAACCAAAUUGUUUUCUUUUUAUAUUUUGGUUUUUAAUCUUUUGUUUCCCUUCCUCUCUUUGCGUGUGUGAGAUUUUUUUCUUCCCUUCAUCACCUUUUGCCGAUUGGUCAUUUUAUAUGUUAAUCUUGCUUCUUCAUUCUCACUGCUGUCUCAGGAGUAUUGGAACUUCUCUGUGUUGAGUGUACUAAUCAUCGAUCUUGAGGAUGGGUCAUAGAAGAAGAAAUGAGCCAGAGUUUGAUGAGUUUGAGAAGCUUCUUGGAGAGAUUCCAAAAGUUACUUCAGGAAACGACUUUAGCCCUUUCCCUAUGUGUUUUAGCUCAAGAAGAUCAUCACCAUCCACAUUCCAAGAACAAAAUCUUCAUCUUCCUGGUGGCCUCUCUGCUUUUGCUGAAGGAAACUUAAUCUUUGGAGCCCCAAAUCAAACUCUUGAGUACCCCCAAGUUAUGUCCAUUCCUGCUAACCACUCUCCAAGUAGCUCACCUUGUGUAUAUGACAAGUUUGAUUCAAGAAAAAUCGAUCAGCAACUGUUUAGGAAGCUUCCACACGUUGGUUACUUUCAAAAUGCUCGGCCGCAGCCUCACCAUCAAGCUUUGGAUCAUCAGUCUCAUAUCAACUGGAGGAAUAUCGAAGAAGAGGAGAGGGUGAGUCUCCAAGAAGAACACUACCCUCAUUGCAUCUACCUUUACAACAACAACCCUUUGACGGAAACUCCUCCAAGACAGGAACAUUUCGAUUAUCACCGAGCUCAUGAUGGUGAUGAAAGCGUGAGGAGUUUGGAUGGGUUCGUAAGGAAGAGAAUGUACUAUCCAGAGAAGAUUCUAAUGAGAUCAAACACAGCUAAACUCAUAAACUACGGCGUUGGAGAUGAUGAUACACAAAGCGGAAGAGGACUUUGGUUCAACGAAGAAGAUCUUGCAAUGAGACUCAACAACUUGACAUUACAACAACCUCCAAAGUAUAACUCUCUUGCAGAGACAAAAGCGAAGAUAUAUCACAUGGCCAAAGAUCAGUACGGUUGUCGCUUCCUUCAGAGGAAAUUCGCUGAGGGAGAUGGCAAAGAUAUCGAAAUGAUCUUUAACGAGAUCAUUGUCUAUAUCAGUGAGCUUAUGGUAGACCCUUUUGGCAACUAUCUAGUUCAGAAGCUUCUGGAAGUAUGCAGCCAAGAUCAGAGGAUGCAGAUUGUUCAUUCCAUUACUAGAAAACAAGGAGUGCUUAUCAAAAUUUCUUGUGACAUGCACGGGACUAGAGUUGUUCAAAAGAUGGUUGAAACGGUUAAGAGACAAGAGGAGGUUUCAAUGAUCAUGUCUGCUUUGAAGCAUGGCGUUGUGACUUUGAUAAAGAGUGUAAACGGUAACCACGUUGUUCAACGUUGCUUGCAGUAUCUGUUACCUCACUGCGAGAAGUUUCUUUUUGAGGUAGUGAUUACUCACUGUGCUGAGCUUGCAACUGAUCAACAUGGAUGUUGUGUUCUUCAAAAAUGUAUUGGCUAUUCCAAAGGAGAACAAAAAUACAACUUAGUCGCUGAGAUCGCCUCUAAUGCUCUACUCCUCUCUCAACACCCUUUUGGGAACUACGUUCUUCAGUAUGUUCUUGAGCUACAACUCCAAUGGGUUGUCAACGGGAUCCUAGAGCAGCUAGAAGGGAACUACACCGAGCUAUCCAUGCAGAAAUGUAGCAGCAAUGUAGUUGAGAAGUGUCUGAGACUAGCUGAUGACAAACAUCUAACUCGUAUCAUCAGAGAACUCGUAAACUAUGGUCUUCUUGACCAAGUUAUGUUGGAUCCUUAUGGAAACUAUGUCAUUCAAGCAGCUCUUAAAAGGUCCAAGGGGACUACUGGUUAUGGUCUUUUGGUUGAUGCUAUUAAGCUUCAUGUACCAUCUCUACGUACCAAUCCUUACGGUAGAAAAGUCCUAUCUGCACUUUGCUCGAAGAAGUAAAAUCAGCAGUUUCAGAUUUGUAGCAAAAGUUGAUGUGUUGUUGUUCUUGCUUGUUGGUCAAGUUACCUUGUACAAUGUAAUGUGUAAUAAGGAAGCAUAGUUCGCAGGUUUAUGGUUUAAAGAUCCAAAGAGACAAAAGAUUCAGAAUGGCUUGUUUUGUAAUCUGAUCUUACAAUCAAUCUUUGUUUUGUAAUCAGAUCUUACAGUCAUCUUUGUUCUGUAG